AUGUCUUCUACAGCUCUCGUUUGGCUUAUUACCGGAUGCUCGUCGGGCAUAGGUCGUGAGCUCGCUAUUGCAGUACUCGAGCGGGGAGAUCAUGUUAUAGCUACUACACGACUGCGAUCCUUUGAAUCCAUCAAAGACUUGAAGGACCUGGGUGCUCACGUCAUGGUUCUUGAUGUCACCGAAAGCAUAGAUAAGCUUAAAGCUGUCGCUGCAGAAGCUAUCGUCGUCUAUGGGAAGGUUGAUGUGGUUGUAAAUAACGCUGGAUUUAUCAUGCCAGGAAGCUUUGAAGAAACUACCCACGAGGAAACUCUUACUCAAUUCAAUACAAAUGUUUUCGGGGCUCUUAACGUGGCUCGUGCUUUUCUUCCAUACAUGCGCAAGCAAAGGACUGGCACAAUUUCCUUCAUCGGAUCCUGCUAUGGGUGGAGACCCGUGCCCUUCUGUGGGCUCUACGUCGCAAGCAAAUUUGCCAUUCGAGGAAUAUCCGACACACUACAUGAGGAAAUUGCGCCUUUCGGACUUCGCAGUAUUUGUUUUGACUUUGGCGCCUUCCGCACUCCCAUAAUAGAGAAGCUCCCGAAAUGGGUUCCCAUUCUUGAUGCAUAUAAAGAUGCCGGUGAAAGUGCCAAUGCGACUCUGCUCGCAUACAAAGGGACUCAAAAAGGGGAUACAGUCCGUGGUGCUUAUACUAUAAUUGACAUUAUUAGGGGAGAGGGAAUGGCAACCGGGAGACAAGUCCAUCCCGGCUUUGCACUUGGAAGUGAUAGCUAUGAGACUGUGAAGAAGCAUUGCGAAAAUACGCUAGCUAGGCUUGAAGAGUGGAAGCCCGUUUCUCUGGCUACAGACUACCCAGAUAAUUAG